AUGAAUCUAGAACAGAAGAAAAUAGUUGUAUGCGGAUCAUUUUUACUUAUGAGUGAAGAAUUUAAGAAAUUAAAAAGUAUAAUGGACAAUAAAAAAAACAAAAAGUGUAAAACGAGAAGAUGGUGGAUGAUUUCACUCAAUAAAAGUCGAUUGAGGUAUGAUGGUUCAGAUAUGUUAGAAGAUCUACGAAGAGAACCUAGUGGAAAGUUUGAAAACUUUUGUCGAAUGUCUGCAACAGACUUUGAAUACCUCAUAAAUAAAGUAGGCCCAUUGAUAGUGAAGACUGAUACCACUAUGAGAAAAGCCAUACCAGUACAAGAAAGAUUAGCUGUAACAUUAAGAUUUUUGGCUACUGGAGACAGCUUUAAAAGUUUGUCUUUUCUGUUUAAGAUAUCAUCUCAAACCGUUUCAAGAUGUGUACAUGAGACUUGUAUUGCAUUGAUUGAAAUACUUAAAUAUGAAAUAAAGGUAAGCAACUCAAAAAUUAUUUAA